CCAGAAGUAUUGCCGCAACUGCCAAACUCCCCGGCAAGACCAUUAGACGGCAAAAGUGUCUUUGAAAAAUUGAUAUCGGGAGGCUUCCACCAGCAGCCAAAACACCAGUGAGCGUGAGGACAGCAGCUCACCGGGAAGCCGCAGAACGAGUUUGCAGUCAACAGCAGCCGCAGCAUCCUCACCCGGACUAAAACCAACGGUACCAGCAAAGGGAUUGGCCAGCAUGGAUAAAGCGGGAUAGGCCCAGUGCAAAGCGAAGAAAAAAAGUACAGGAGCUAAAAGAAGAAUCGAGCAGAUAGUACGUGAGCUCUCAUACAAGGAUCGAUCCAUUCCUUCACGUCGUGUCACGUUUUCCUGCUGUGAGCGCAGUUGUGUACGUGUGUGUGGCUGUGCCUGUGUGUAAAAAUUUUGGGCAUCCCUUGCCACUAGUGUUCGGUGGAAGGACGUCUCGAAGGGAGGGAACGCGAGUGCUCGGGAAGAGUCAUGCUCUCCACUUAAUCUAUAUGCGGUUUUGGCCUGCUUUCAGUUCCGAGAGGAGGAAAGAAGAGAAGAAUAGUUGACUGGUUGUGGGGAUCCAGCAGCCUCGCCCUGACAGAGGAAGGUCCCGGUGCAUUUCUUCGUCCUCACCACGAAAAGUGAGAACGAACACACGACUAUCGCCCGAUAAGUUAAUUAUAGUGGUCGUUUGUCUAGCGCCAUAGGAAAAAUAGCAACUGCCGUUAUCAUCAUCUACCCGACUAAAUUGUCAAUUGAGACAAAGUGCUGAACGGUAAUCGGCCUGGGGGUCGUGUCGGGAUGUGUGAGAGUUUUAUUGACGGGGCGGCCCGAAUUUUCGGUUAGUAUGUAGCCGUUUCUGUCUGUCUGUCUGUCCAUCACCAACUAUAAUAAUACUAAUAAAGUGUGAAACAUUCUGGGAAGUGUUUUGUGUUUUCCGUUUUUACCUUUUACGACCGUCGUAAAAAAACAACAAAUGCUUAGCUGUUGGACAUUACUGUGUAAUGAUUAUGUGCAUUGUUAUCUGUGGUUUAGAAGCAGGAUGUUCUGAUAGAUCGAAACACUUAUUUAGAGUGCAAUAAAAAAGAAAACAAGUAGUUUUUACAUUAUCCCUAAUUGUAUGAUACGUAAUUAUCGAAAAAAAAAUCCCGAAAAUUAACCAUCAUCAAUGCAUAGUGAGGAUGAUCUAAUUGCCCGUACACAUAAGCAGCAAACGACUCAGCAGAUUACAACCGUAACCAAGGUCGUACGUGAGGUGAAACAGUUAGGACCGGAUGGGCAGCCCUUUGACUAUGUAGCAAUGCCUCUAGAAAUGGGACCCGAUGGCCAGCCGCUCGACUACGUGUCGAUGCCGAUGGGAAUCUACACGACUCGGUCGCAGUACAUGAACUACAAACACCUCGAUCAGCAGGAACAGAUGGCGGCCGCAGCGGCGGCUGCCUCACAAUCACAUUUGCCUCCAGGGGCGAAAGGAAUGGGUGGACCCGGUCAGGGUCAUUAUCAGGACUAUGAACACUACUCACAGUAUACGGACUCCGGUUACGAUCCGACCGGAGUGCACCAUCCACCUCAUCCACAGUCUUACCUCGGAGAAUAUCAGAUCAAUGACCGCUCGACACCUCACAACUCUAGCGAAAAUAGUGAAACUUCUAUACCCCUACCGAUGAACGUGCCUCAGAUGGGUAAUCCGUCGGCAAACAUGUUACCACCGGGCUAUCUACAGGGGCAAUACGACGAAAUGGGGGAAUACGUUAUAGCCCCAUCCCCCGGAGGACCCGUUGACCGACUCUACCCGGAGAAUCCUUCCGCAAUGGUCUACGGGUACGUGUCAACGCCCCCCUAUGGAACGAUAAGCUCACACGGAGCGAUGGAUCCCUCGGGAGCCGGUGAACCCACAUACGCCACAAAACAGCUUGCCUACGAAGCCGCGGCCAGUGCUAGUCAGAGAGGUAUUCCUCCGGAAGGUGCCUGUUACUACGACGGUGAAGACGACCUGUCGCAACACAUGUCCAACCUGCAAAUCCACAACCACGUCUUUCUGCAGCAUCACAUAAUAACCUCGCCGGGCGGCAACAAUCGGCCCUCCGGCAAUGGUCCGGAAGGACCCGACAUGGAGGAUCAGCGCCAGAUGAAAUGGCGGGACCCCAACCUAACAGAAGUAAUAGGUUUCCUAAGUCACCCGAACAACGCCAUCAAAGCCAAUGCUGCCGCUUAUCUACAACAUCUUUGCUACAUGGACGACCCCAACAAGCAACGGACACGAACGCUUGGCGGAAUCCCUCCGUUAGUCAAACUCCUCGGUCACGAAAACACCGAUGUCUAUCGAAAUGCUUGCGGCGCCCUGCGGAACCUAUCCUACGGCCGUCAAAACGACGAAAACAAACGUGCAAUCAACAGUGCUGGCGGAAUACAGGCACUGAUCCACCUUCUCCGACGAACGUCCGAAUCGGACAUCAAAGAACUUGUGACCGGCAUCAUCUGGAACAUGUCCUCCUGCGAAGAUCUGAAACGGUUCAUCAUCGAUGAUGCCAUCAUCGUCAUAGUGUCGUACAUCAUCAUUCCACACUCCGGCUGGGAUCCCACCAAUCCCGGUGAAACGUGCUGGAGCACAGUGUUCCGAAACGCAUCCGGUAUUCUUCGCAAUGUCAGCUCGGCCGGCGAAUACGCUCGGAAAAAGCUGCGCGAAUGCGAAGGACUCGUAGACUCACUAUUGUACGUGAUUCGGAUAGCCAUCGAAAAAUCCAACAUCGGUAACAAAAUAGUGGAAAACUGUGUGUGUAUUCUGAGGAACCUCUCGUACCGCUGCCAGGAGGUCGAGGACCCUAACUACGAUAAGAACCCGAUUCCGCACCACAGUAGUGCGGAUGGGGCGGCCCACGGCAGUGCCAUCGUGAGUGCAGCCUCGUCCAAGGGUGAAAAUCUGGGAUGCUUCGGGGCGAGCAAAAAGAAGAAGGAGCAACAGGCCGCCGCUGCGGCAGCACAGCAGGCCGCGGAUCCGAAGGAUCACUCCAGCGCGAAUGGUGAUCCGGCGAGGAUGGCCUACAAAAAUACCGCACAUUAUAAGGGAGCGGAACAACUAUGGCAGCCCGACGUUGUACAUUCCUAUCUUGCCUUACUGCAGAGCUGCUCAAAUCCGGAAACGCUGGAGGCCGCGGCCGGGGCUCUGCAAAACCUGGCCGCUUGCUACUGGCAGCCGAGUAUAGAGAUCCGGGCCACGGUGCGGAAGGAGAAGGGCCUACCCAUUCUGGUCGAACUGCUCCGGAUGGAGGUGGACCGGGUGGUGUGUGCAGUGGCCACCGCCCUCCGGAACCUAGCGAUUGACCAAAGAAACAAGGAACUGAUCGGGAAGUACGCGAUGCGGGACCUGGUUCAGAAGCUGCCCUCCGGUAAUCCGCAGUGCGAUCAGGGCACCUCGGACGAUACGAUUGCGGCUGUGUUGGCCACGCUCAACGAAGUGAUCAAGAAGAAUGCCGACUUUGCUCGGUCCCUGUUGGAAGCCGGUGGAGUCGAGCGGUUAAUGAACAUGACCCGACAGCGGCUAAAGUACACACCGAGGGUGUUGAAGUUCGCCGGGCAGCUGCUGUUUACCAUGUGGCAGCACCAGGAAUUGAGGGACAUGUUCAAGAAGCACGGCUGGAAGGAACAGGACUUUGUCACGAAAACCAUUGCCUCGAGGAAUGUGAACAGCAGCAAUGGGGGCAGCUACAGUGACAACUCACCCAACUCACCGAACAACACACUGAACCGUCCGAUGGCGUCCCAGAGUGGAACCAGAUACGAGGAUCGCACCAUCAAGCGAUCACAGACUUCGAACAACGGUGGCCAAGCCAUGUCCCUGCCGCCGAGUGAUGGUGCCGUCAAAAUGGGCAGAUGAAUCUACGAAGCACAAUUGGAGCUUUCAGGGUCACCCCUCUAGAGGCAGCUAGCUUUGAACGUCUAGGAACCACAUUUGAUGAAACACUAAAACAGGUAACUAACAAGUCCACUUGGUGGCAUUCGGGUGAAAAUCACCCCAGACGCAAACAGAAUUUGCGAUACAGUGCUCUAAUGAUGCAAGAGAGAAGAUAAAAAGUAGAAAUCAGUAGACUAGUAGUCAGGAACAAAUCACUGAAACUAACCUCAAGUAUGAAGAACAACAAACCCACGCAAAUCGACACACCAAUGUAACGUAGACGAAGGUGGCCAGCUGGCGACGGACAACCAAAAAACAUUGGAAUAAAGGAUACAACAGUCCUAGAAUGUGUAGGGUAGCCAACCAUAUACACAGUAAAAGGGACAAAUUUCUAAGGGUACACAAACAAAAAACUGGUAGCAGAAAGGUAGAAGACAGUUUAUAUUAUUGAUAUCUUAUCACACACAAUGGCUAAACAAAAAAAAACAAAUCAUCCUUAUUCGAUGGAAAAGUUCAUUCUUUGUAAGAGUCAUCAUUCUUCAGGAAGAAACAUCAUAAUAGUACUACCCUUAAAAAAAAACUCCCUGCUCAAUAUCUAUGAAUACAACAAAAAACGCACUUGAUGUUUUCUAUGAUUUUUAAAAUAAAUUUUCAAGUGAUUUUGUUUCUUUUUUUUUUAAUCUGGAUCUUCGAUUGAAAAUUUUUAGUAUCAAAUCUAGUUCUGAUUUUUCAUAUGUCUUUUAUCCAAAAACUUGCUUUGUGAAAGUUUAUGCCUUUGCUUAAAAACAAAUGCUAUGUAAACGAGUUUAUUUUAAUGAUGCAUUUCGUUCCAAUUUUUCAAGUAAUUUUCUUAACUGUAAAUGACCCAUUAUCGAAUUUUUACUAUGAUAAAGCUCAGAAACCGUUUAGAUAACCAAACCGAUUGCCCUUCGUUUUGAUUGAGACUGAUUUUAUUGGCACAUUUCACAACUAACCCCAAAUCCUAAGAGCUGAAUUAUAUCUUAUAUCUCGAUGUAGCGACCCCACACACAAACAAAUACACACAAAAAAAAACGAAAAUCUAGUCGCGUACAUACGGACAAAUUAACGAGCAAAUCCCCAAGGUGAUGCGAGCGAAUUUUAUUGAAGCGAAACAACCAACAACAUCUAAGUGUGUUUUAUUAGCUCAUGUUUUAGCCCAAAAUAAAGGGGCUGCCUCAGUAAAUUAAUCCUCAAUACUCAAUAAUAUGGAUCAAGAAGAGAUAAAUCAAGUAAAACAGAACGAAUAAAAACCAUCAGUAAAUGCACCAACAAAACAUAUUCGCACCUUUUUAAACAAGCGCAGUCACACACAAACGCAAACAAGCUAUGGGCGCUGAUGUGUUCGAUUUAUGGGCAUCUAACUUUUCGGCUAUUGAAUUGACUGAAUUAGCGAAAAUCGGAUGAAAACGUGUAAAAAAAACUUCCGAACCACAUACGUUAUCACUUUAAGAAAACCAUUAAAAGGUUGUUCUUACCAAAAUGGAACAUAAAGGAAUUAGAGCGUUCUCUUCUGUUUUCCUCUUCGAGGAAAACUUGGACAGCAAAUGUUCUUGUUUUUUCCCAUACGUAUCUGUUCUGUGAAGUGGAAGUAAUUAUGGAUAAAAUUCCAUUCCAUUAGUUUUAGGCGAACUUUUAAUGCAGCCUCUUUUUCAUUUACAUAACGAAAGUAUGAAUGGUUAAGGUGUAAAAAGCCCCAAAGAAAAAGAAAAAUCUACAAUUUUUUAUCCCUCGCUCAUAACAAAUUUGAAAACAUAAAAAAAGAUAGUAAAUUGGGAAAAAGGAAACACACAGACUCAGAGAAACAAGGAAUUUCAAUGAACCGCAAUGGCCACGUUAUACAAAGUGAAGUUGUUUUGAGAAGUAAGAAUAAAAAAACACAUAAAAAAGUCAUUCAGUAGGAAAACAACCAUACAACCAGUAGAUUAGAUCAAAUUAAAGUAAUUCAAUACAGCUAAAUAAUAAUAGCAAACAAACAAAAAGGAAAAAAAAACACACCCACACAUUCGUCGACUAAGAAAAUUAUUAUCUACUCGUAGGCAAAUGGAAACAAAUAAACCGACACACAUACACCCCACAGAACUAAAGUAAAAAAAAAAACAAGUGGACAAGUAAUAAUUUUAUGGUCAAUUUUAUCAUAUUAAUGAAACACGAAGCAUGUUAAGCCCAAGUAUAGGAAAAAAGAAACCGAAACGACUAUACAUUAGAAUAUCACAUGUACUAUCACAUCCACAUCAAAAUGCAGCAGCAAACCCGAACAUUUUCGCACUCGGAAAAUAAUUAAGUCAUCGAGUACGUAGACAAACAAAAAUGAAAAAAUAAAAACAAUUAAAGGUAAGCUCACCUUUUCGCAUCAUCGUAUCCUGUAAUAUUUAACAUACAAUUGGUUAGCAGGCAUCGUAGAGGAACACAAAGAAAGAAACACACACAAACAGAGAACUGUAUGAACUGUAGGAGCCUGUAUUUUGGGUUUUAUGAAUUGAACUUUUUUGGUGCAAAACUUUUGUACGGAAACUGUUUAGAAAAGGAGGUUUGACAGAAUCGAAAAGACAGUAACCGGUCGAUGGUUUUUUGAUAACUAAUUUUGCACUGACGAAACCUUAAGUCAGUGAUGCUUUCUCUAUUUUAAAGUUAAGCUUGAAUUGAAAGGCGUAAUUGUGGCAUUUAAAUUUGAUGAGCUUCCUUCAUUUUUGAAAACAAAAUUUUUUAAGGCUACGAUCGUUAUUCUGACAGAUGUUCAACAAGAGGACAAAAAUAGUAAAAUCAUUUUAAAUGGACGAAAAUCUGGUUUCAAGGACGAGUAUUGAAUCGACAAACAUCUAUGACUCUUUUUUUAAGUGGCAGCUCAUUCUGGGGGUGAUUAUCAAAAAUAUGCUACAGCUUGGUGCACUUAAAUAACUUAUGAUUGGCACGUUCCAAUCGACAGAAGAAAAAAAACGUUCGAGAACAUGUUUAAUUUCCAAACAGAAAAGACAAUUUCUCUCUCUCAUACCGAUCGAUUGUUAUUGGAUAUAAGUAAAAUUGGUUAAAAAGAAAAAAGCUAACUAAAAAGACAAAAGUGUAACGAUUGGCUCGCAGCUUUUACACUUUACGAGGUGGUUGCAUACGCAUUAACAAAAUGAACGCAUUUGACCGCAGUGAUACAGCCGACUAUUUCCAUUUAUUUUAACUCCAUUAGUCACCAUUGAUUGUAUUGGGUAUGGAAUGGAGAAAGAGAUCAGAAAUGUGGUCGACUCAGUAAAAAUUAAACUAUAUAGGAAGUAACUAAACGAAAAAAAA